AUGAAGCUUACUCCUUCCAACUCUCCAUUCCUAGGCCGUCCUUCCAGGUCCUCAAGAUCGCCCAUGCGUGGUCGACCCCAAGAUUCUUCCAAGCUCUCCCUCAAGCGCGUUAUCGGUACAACCUGUUCAUCGCCAACAGGGUUUGAUACCCUCUCAUCUGCAUUUGCAUACAUUGCUGGUGGUGCUGUUGUUGUGGUGGAUGUUGAUGGAGAAAACCACUCUCAACGGUUUUACCGAGCUCGGCCGACUGCCGUCCCUCUUUACUCUGUAGCAACCUUUCAGAACACACCCUCGACACCUUCAGGAACACCAAAGGCGAACGAUAGCCGUGGCCGUGUAGGCCCUAGAUUUCCCAAUUCACCGCAUACGUCAUCAGACUGGAACGAGUCUCCCAGCAAUACAUGGACGAGCCGUGAACGCAUCAAGGCUGCAACAUGCCUUGCUCUUAGUCGAGAUGGGAAAUACCUUGCCGUGGGCGAGACCGGCUAUUCCCCCCGAGUUCUUGUCUUUAGUCUUCACGACACCUCUUCCGACAGCCCUCUGAUAUCGAUUAGCGAGCAUACCUAUGGUGUCAAUUGCGUUGCUUGGUCUGCGGACACACAGUAUCUGGCGUCUAUAGGAGCCGCCAAUGAUGGGUUUCUCUAUAUCUGGAAGGUUGACCCGCGCACUGGCGGGGCCAAACUCUUCAAGCAAAACCGAUGCACUUCCUACGUCAAAGACAUGGUCUGGGUAGGCAACUCCCUUGUCACCUUUGGAGUCCGCCAUGUCAAGAUGUGGAAACCCGAAGAUGGACCGGCUCUUUCGCCCACGAAACAGAAGUUCUUCAGCGAACAACCGGCAUCAACUCCACCCUCUCAGAGGACCUUGUCAGGGCGUAACAUCCUGCUCGGGUCCCUCUUAGAGGAAACCUUUACUUGCGCCGCUGUUGUAAAAAACUCCAGUCUCAUCAUUUGCUCAGAAACGGGCAAUGUGUGUAUCAUGGAGGAGGAUGAUAAACAGAUGAAGCUGCAAAAGGUUCUUAAUUUGGAUUUUUCAAUCUCGACGAUUGCCGUCAAAGACAACGUCGCGUAUGUCGGCGGCAGCCAUGGCCAUUUUGCUGUGCUGGAUGUCGAGGCUGUAUUGAAUGCCCAGCCAUCAUCGGAAUGUAUCAAAGACACUACCUUUUUAUCUGAAGGCCAGCUUGCUAUGGGAUUUCUAGCAGACAACUUUGUCACCAUCGACUCACAGCAGUCCAUUGACAUCUGGAGCUCAGACCAUGUGCCUGGCAAGGAUAGUAAGGCCAUGGCUAGCAUUCCCAUACCUGGGCACGGACAGCCCGUGACAGGCAUCCAGGUUCUACAGCGACCCAACGACUUGGACGCCUCGUUUCUCACGUGGACUGUUGGUGGAAAUGUAACCUUUUGGACACUAGAAGGUCAAGUCAAGGCCUCGAUUGAUGUGCCUAUCGGAAUGACCGAGCCUGAAAAUGAGUUGGACGCAGUCAAUCAGCUCACGUGUGCUCAGACAACAAACGACGGCAAGCUGUUAAUUUCCGCUGAUCGCAUGGGUGUCCUGCGAAUGACGGAUAUUGCAACUAAAGAGCCUGUCUUGGACAUCAAGGCACAUACAGCUGAUUGUCGUUCUGUCAGCGUCUUUGAUAACGAUGGCAAGUUUCUGAUGGCAUCAUGCGGCCGAGACCGAACUGCUCAGCUCUUUCGUCGAACCGCAGAUGGAUCAAUUGAACAUUUCCAAACGCUCGAGUUCGCCGCCAAGGUCGUCCAGGUCAUGGUCCCAUCCGAGGACAAGAUUUUGACCUGCUCCUUUGAUCGAACACUUCAGAUUCACGACGUCAUUACCAAAGAGGGCGAUCCGGACUCAAUCGCUGCCAUUCCCUCGCGAGUCAUCUCCCUCAAGGCUUCGCCAAGCUCAAUGGUCUUGGGCAUGGGCCAAAGAACCGUAUUUGUUUCCAUGUUAGAUCGAACAAUUUGUCAAUUUGAUCUCAACACGGGACGCAAAAUUUCCUGUUUCAAAUGUCAAGAUGAGACACGGGGAGAAUCUGUUGUUCUAGACUCGUUGUGCUUUGGACAGUGGCUCCCUAAAGAUCAAGAUUUCCUCCUCGGAACUUCCAACACGGAUAAAUCUAUCCGUUUAUACGAUGCUCAAACAGGCGGUUUCUUGGAUAGAGAGUGGGGUCAUACAGAAGCCAUCAAUGGUGUGUGCUUGGUUGAAAAUGAUGACGGAAGUCGCAAGGUUGUGAGUGUUGCAUCAGACGGGACAAUGAUGAUAUGGUGUUUGGAUCUGGAUGAUCCUGUGCCCGGCACAACAAGUCGAGAACCAUCACCUGCAAAGGAUUCAGUUUCGGCACGGCCACCGCUUCGCAGGGUCCUGUCCAAAGCCGAGCUGGCCGAGUUCCAGCGACCUUCACCAACUUCCGGUCGAAAGUCCCCAGCAUCAGGGCGGAAAUCACCCCCACGAACCCUCCAACGGCGAACUUCCCGUUUUAACCUCGCCGCUAGUGUGAGAUCACCUACACAAGCAGCUCCAGCUAGUCCAACCAGCACGGUGGCAGAUGAUACGCCGUCACGACGGCCUUCAGGCGAUGUCCGAACUAGUCCCCCGCCAUCCCCGAAAGCCAAAGUUAAGAGACGGCCUUCUGUUUCCCAGGGGGUUCGCAAGAAGACAUCUUCUUCAAACCUGCGUGGAUUCGGCUCAUUGAAUAUGGCAACAGAACAAACCUGUCGCCAGCUGAGGUCAUAUAGGAAGAAGCUCGCCUCUUCGGAGCCCAUCACCCAAGAAAACCUAACUGAGCUGGACCAGGAGUUGCGAAUGACAGCAGCAGCUCUUGGUGACCGGGCUAUUCGAAGCAGGGCCAUGAACGAGACAGCCCUAAGCGGCCUUUUAGAUCAGUAUUCAGAGAGACUGAUCACAUUAUUAGACGAAAAGCUGCGUCUUAGCUACCAGCCAAGGUCUCCAACUGAAAAGGAUGGAGACAGUCAGGACGAUGAGACCCAACGCAGUGUGGAUGGGUCAUCUAGUUCGCUUUCAUCAUAA